AUGAAAGAUGAGGAAUUGGAAAUAACAGGAAAAUACAUUGAAUUCGAGGGAAUAAAAUUCCCUGAUAAUGUGCACACACAUGAAAGCUUAACCUGGGCAUUCAAAGAGUUUGAAGUACGCGAUGAUGAUGUUUUCAAUGUAACUUAUCCCAAGUCAGGAACCACAUGGCUUCAAGAAAUCCUCAGCCUAAUUUAUAGCAAUGGAGAUCCAACACCAGUGAAAACACAAUUUAGCUGGGACCGUGUUCCUUGGCUUGAACAGCAUAGAGCCAGAAAUAAACUUGAGAACAGACCAUCUCCUCGACUUAUCACAACUCAUGUGCCUAGACAUAUAUUUCCACAGUCAUUCGACAAAAGUAAGGCUAAGGUGAUUUAUACAAUACGCAACCCUAAAGAUGUGUGUGUAUCUCUCUAUUACUUCGCCUUGAUUGCACAGUUUAUGGAAAGCAGGGAAGACUUCCAGGAUUUCAUCUCUCUGUUUCUCAGCAAAAAUACUUUGUUUGGUCGGUGGUUUGAACAUGUGAAAGAAUGGUUAACAAUGAAGGACAAUCCCAACUUCUUGAUUUUGUCUUAUGACAGCAUGAUAAAGGAUCUGAAGAGCAAUGUUGUAAAGAUCUGCAAGUUCCUUGGAAAAGAUCUGGACGAUGCUGCCAUAGAUUCUGUUGUAGAACAUUCAUCCUUUAAAGCUAUGAAAGAGAACAACAUGUCCAACUACAGUGCAGUGCCUAACAAUAUCUUUGACAAGCAAAAAGGGACAUUUCAUAGAAAAGGUAUCUCUGGAGAUCACAUGAAUCACUUUACACCUGCUCAAGAAGAAGAGUUCGAAAGGAUUUACAAGGAGUGCAUGAAAGAAGUUGACCUUACUUUUCUAUAAAAGGA